AUGGAUACUACCACCAGAGCCAUGGGACCGCCCACCAGAGGCUUCAGGAACGCCUAUACUCACGCACCCCAGGGCAUCAAUCAGUAUUACUACGGCCAGAAUACUGUUACCUACGAUAACCAGAUGCGCCUCGACAUCCAACAGCAACAGCAUCAGCAGCAGCUUCAUCAGCAGCAGCAGCAACAGCAACAGCAACAGCAGCGCGGCCCGCAGAAUGCCGGCUACCACGGCUACCAGCAGCCUUAUCCGGUUUAUAGCAAUUAUUACACCACCUCAACUCCGGAAUCGCCCGUUGCACCGAGCGUUCCAUCGCAUGGACGUGCCAGGGCAAGCUCGAGGUCCUCGGGGUCAUCGGGCGAUAGUGCAACAUCGCCCAUGCACGAUGGCGGUAGCUCAGACUUCGAAGUGGACGGUGGUGUUGGUAGCAACGCCGUCGCUACCGCUGCCGCCGCCGCCAGGACGAUCAAACAGGCCAAAAAUGGAUACCCCUUCCCCGGAUAUACUCCGGCGGAGGCGCUAGUGGCCGUUGCCUAUGCGGAAUCCUGUUCCGGGGAUACCAUGGUUAACGGAGCUGGUGAGGACCUUUCGCAGAGUCUUGACAGCCAGAGGGGCCAAUACAAGGUGGGAGUGCCCAGGACCACCCCCGGCCAGGACACCAAUGGCAGCCGGUCCAAGCGGCGACCCAGCAACCAGGGAAUUGAAGGACAGUCCCGUAACCGCAAGUCGUACAAACAGGAUACCUAUGUUCUCCGCGUGCUGGAGGAGGACGAGCAGGAGGGCGGGGAUGAUGGCGAGGAGGGACCGCUCGAUCUGUAUUCCGAAGAGACGCCCCUCUCGACCCUCCAGCACGACGAGUAUAAGGAGAUAUUUGCGUCGCUCAACGAUCUCUUCUGCCGGACCUCGUACCGCUGGUUGGCACAGUACAAGUUCAGGAUUCCAAGGAAGCGAUACAUGAAGGAGCACACUUCGCCCUUUGACCGGGAACUGACCGAGUACGUGCAAAUCAUCAAGAACCUGGUGGAAGGCCGAGAGGUUCCGAGACAUGCCGUCUCGGACGAGCGUCUGAACGAGCUGGUCUCGGUGAUGGAGGGUGCUUCCGAGAUCCGACACGUCAACAUUCACGUGUCGCGGAAGCACAAGCCGGACCGAAGGGUUCUCGGGUUCAUCGCCGCCGUCAAUGAGUUUUGCUGGAUACUGCGGGACAGCAAAGGCGCCAUGGAGACUAACCAGAUGUAUGCCCGAGUUGAGGACCUGAUCUUGAGGAACAGAAGGAGAUUUUCCGAGGACCGAGGAAAGGACUCUUCCCGCCGAGGCACCCCGGAGUAG